AUGGCCGAGCACAACCUUAGCUGGGAUCAGGUAGUUCAGAUGUGCCGUCACACCCACCCGGAGGAGGACGAGGAGCUAGUCGCCACCGCCGUUCAGGACGACCAGCUGGACCUGGAGUUCGUGACAUACCCGGGCAUACCUCGGGUGGUUCGGGUUUCAAGAGGAUCUUUGGCUUAUGUGUUAUAUUUGACACAGUUUGCAGGUUCAGCCUGGGAGGCACUAAAGCAUAUCAGACAGGCUGUUGAUUUCUUGGUGAUUUCUCUAAAACCAAUGAGGACAUUAAGAGAGAUACGUACUGACGUGUGCGAAGCCCUCAGCAUACAGCAGCUAGAGCGAAUAGUUAGUAUGUACUUGGAUGAUGUCAAUGGUACAAACACUAUUUCAGCGGAGUUCGCAUCAAGCUUGAAAGCUGCUGCGCGUGAGGAAGCAAAUACCGUCACAACUUUCUCUAUACUGCUAGAUGAUGAUUCUAGCAUACCCUUUUCACUUGAUGAUAUCACGAAGACAAUGCCAGUCAUUGAGAUGGCUGUUGAUGACUUGCUACCAUUUUUCCGUGAGAACCCAAGCUUUGCGUUUUUAUUGCAAAGAGGGGAAUAGGUAUUCUUUCUCACAGCAGAGCCUCAGUUGUGGAUAAAUCAGGGGUUCCUGUGGUAGGGUGUACAGUAUGUGUGAUUCUUUUUAUACCAGGUAGCAGGCCAUUGAAGUGUAGUUACUAGGAGAGCUUAGGCGUCUGAUUUUGAUUGAUUGGUUCGAUGAUUGUAAAUUUGCAUCCAGUUUUCCAUGCGUGUUUUUUUAAUCACUGUAGCCUUGUAUACCGGGGGAUAAGGGCAAGAGGCCCUUGGUUAAGCAUAGUAAUACAAAGUUUUGCUGUAACUAGUCAAGGUGUACAUGUGUUGUAAAUUGGUACAGAAAAUAAAUCUAGUUUCUCUGGUGGUAUAGAAUAAUUGGGUUGGUGUUGA